AUACAACAACACGUACUCAUUUUCAUCAACGAAUCAAAAACUUAAAACUAGCUUUGGUUAUGGAUAUGGAUCCAGGCGAAGGUACUUCGGAUGGUCGCGUUCGCCGCAAGCCAGGCAGUGUUGCGGCCGAUAUAAAGCAAGAACCAGACAUCAAGGAAGAACCAUUAGAUGAACCUGAAUUCAAUUUGGGGACACGUCCGAAUGAAAGAUUCGCAGCAGAAGCAGUGGAAGCGAACAUCAAAUUGGGGUUCGAGUCAGAAAGUGAUUUUGAUCUUGAUUUCGAUUUGAAUGGCGUGAAAGAUGAAGUGGAGUGUGACAAAGGUAGAGAAGAAAAAGAAAAAGGUUCUCCAGCAGAUCCGAUCCACGAUGAAGGUGAAGCAAAUGCUCAUGACGGUCAAGCCGACGAACCAAUGGUCAAAUCAAAUGUCAAGCCACAGAGCCCCGAAUCGAGUGGUGAAGGAAAGAAACGCGAUGGGUCGAGAAAACAAAACAAAGGAAACAUUCCGAGAAACAAGGCGGCGAAGAAACGAAAAGAGCACAAGUGUCAUGUGUGUGACUAUAUUGCAUCGCAUAAAAGUAAUCUCACCGCACACAUUCGUACUCACACAGGCGAGAGACCAUACAAAUGCGAUAUCUGUUUGAAAAGGUUCCCUCAAAAAAGCGCUUUGAAUCUGCACCAGAAAAUCCACAGCGGAGAGAAGCGUUUCGAAUGUUUCAUUUGUUUAAAAUCUUUUGCAGUAAAAUGCACUUUGAAUCGUCACUUGCGAACUCACACUGAUGAUCUUCCCCAUUCUUGUCUGAAAUGA